AUGGUUGUGCCUUUGACGGUCCUGCUUCUCCUGGCCGCUUCUGCCACGGCGACUUUCUUCAAUGGAGGUUGCGGAUGUCCCCCGCCGCCAUUGUGUCUGCCACCGCCACCCCCUCUGUGCCUACCUCAGAUCCAACUGCCACAGAUCCAGCUCCCGCAGCUGCCUUCGCCAUGUUGUCCUACCUGCGCCUGCGGCAGGAAGAAGCGAGGUUCGUCUUUUCAGAUCUUUUUUUGACUCAGCUUUUUUUUUAAACUCGAACUUUUUGACUCACUAGAACUUUGUAAUAGUUCGAACUGGAACUCAAAAAUCAAAAGGGUUGGUUUGAUCAAAGUUCAUGAUUUUUUGGUUUUACGGUAGAAAAAAAAAUUGUUUUUUGAACUUGAAAUUUAAUGCUUGACACUUUGUUUAGAUUCUCAAAAACAACAGAGUAUGUUUAAUUAGGCUUAAAAUUUAUUAGCGCUUGUUGAAUUCAACUCCAGGAGCCACUUAAGAGGGACCUUGAGGACUACUUGGAAAAUACGCAAAAUGGCCACUAAAGCCACUAUUUUGCGUCUUGGUGGGCAGAAAAAUGUUUAGUAGUAUCAAUUUCACUUCCAAAGGGCCACUAAUUUUUAAAAAAAGCCCAAGAGUGGCCUUUAAACUUUUUCCACAGUAGGGUAGAAGUAAGCCAGGUUUUUUCAGCCUUUGAGCUUUACUUAAAAAGUUCAUUUUUUAAAGUUCUUUUAGAUUUUCAAUCUUCAGAUUAUUAGGUUUGAACUAGCCUGGACUCACUCCAGUUUCUAGAAUAAUUUUCCUGAUUUCUCUGGUUUGAUCAGAGCUGCUUCAAAUCUGACAUUAAAGGUUCGAAGUUUUGCAACCCCAUACAGUUACCGUUGAAAAAUGUUCCCAAACUUAUCAUCUAAAAUUCGAAUUUUUCAGAAGUCUCCUUGAACUCGGAUGAAGACACGGAAAUCAAGGAAGAGACCUGCAAUGACUCGCGUCUCCUUGAAAUCAUGCAGAAGGUGAGUUUUCGGGAAUUUAAAAUUUUCUCCACUCGAAAAAAUGAAUUUAUCUGACUUCUCAGCGUUCUCUUCUCCCUUGGCGACUCUCUCGUUUUGAUGUACUCCAUAGAGUCCGUUUCUAAAUUUAAAACCGUCAUGCCAGAGUAGCCCUUAGAGGGACAACUUAAGGGCCCUUGAAGGUCUUCCCUCUCCUUCACUAAGCCUUGAAUAAGUGGUCACUCUAGGGAGCGUGCUAGUGGCCCUAUAGUCUUUCUACUAAAUACCACCUAAUCUUACCCUUCUAGACAGCACCAUUUUGCCCCUAUAUUGGCUUUUUUCCACUAAACCCUUUAGGGACCACUCUGGCGUGCCGUGUCGCAAUAAUUCGAUCCAAUCUGACUUUUCUGUACCGUGUUUUCUAUAUCUGACACUCCUUUCUUUACUCGAAAUUUCAUAUUCUGUAAGAGGAAAGAGAGCGCAGAGGUGUCAGAGCUUUAUUAUGAAGUGUUAUGUAAUCAGAUUCAAGCUCGAAAAAUAUAAUAAAAGAUGCUACUAUUUGAAAACCUUCCAGAACAUGGACGGAGACGCGAAACGCGUCAAACUUCGUCUGGUGCAAGCUGCGGAGAAGCAACUGGGAGGCCACUACACGGUCAUCUGCUCCAAGAGCACCUUCUCCUUCGUCACUUCCACCACCAACUACUGUCUCCAUUCCCAGAACCACCUCAACUGCUACCUUUUCAAGACCGAAUGA